UUGUAUAUCUCUAAUAGACUCGUAAGUCAUAAUUUAUAUUUUCUUUACGUGAUACGGUAUCACUGUUGAUGUUGAUGUGACAUUGAAGGAGAAACAGGACACUUCAAUUCUCUGGUACGUACCGGCCGAUGGAUACAUUAUUCAGUGAUGAUGAGUUGAAUGCAACCACAGGUAGCUUGCCAGAAAUCACCACUACUUACACCAGCACGCUCGCCGGCCAACAAUGGAGGCGACGACGCUGCCGCUGCUUGGCCUGCUGCUCGUUCUACCCCUCUUCCUCAUCAAGCUCGUCGCCAGGAGCUACGCCCCGGCGUGGUCACGGCCCGGGAAGCCGCCGCCGCCGCCGCGCCUGCGCCUGCCUCCGGGGCCAUGGCAGCUGCCGCUCAUCGGCAGCCUCCACCACCUCCUCCUGUCCCGCCACGGCGACCUCGCGCACCGGGCGCUGCGCGACCUGUCCCGGCGGCACGGCGACCUCAUGCUGCUCCGCCUCGGCGCCGUGCCGACGCUGGUGGUGUCCUCGGCGGAGGCGGCCAGGGAGGUGAUGAGGACCCACGACGCCGCGUUCGCGAGCCGGCACGUGACGCCGACGCUGGCCGUGUUCAGCGUCGGGGGCCGCGACAUCCUCUUCUCCCCCUACGGCGACCUGUGGCGCCAGCUCCGGCGGAUCUGCGUGCUCGAGCUCUUCUCCCCGCGCCGUGUCCGGUCCUUCCGCCGCAUCAGACAGGAGGAGGCCGCGAGCCUCCUCCGCUCCGUCGCCGACUCCUGCGCCUCCGCCGCCCAGGGUGACGCGGGCGGCACGGUGGUCGACAUCGGCGAGAGGAUCUGCCGCGCGAUGAACGACACCGUGGUGCGGUCGGCCGUCGGCGGCCGGUGCGCGCGGCGCGACGAGUUCCUGCGCGAGCUCCAAACGGCCGUGGCGCUCACCGGCGGCUUCAACCUGGCCGACCUGUACCCGUCGUCGCGGCUGGUGCGCCGGCUCAGCCGCGCGCUGCGGGAGACCGAACGGUGCAACCGGACCGUGCGCGACAUCAUGGACGAGAUCAUCCGCGAUCAGUCCGCCGGCGGCGGACGCGAGGAGGAGGAGGACGACGACAACCUGCUGGCCGUGCUGCUGAGGCUGCAGAGGGACGGCGAUGCGCAAUGCCCGCUUACCACAGAGAUCAUCACCACCGUCAUCAUGGAAAUUUUUGCAGCAGGGAGCGAGACCUCAUCAACAACACUAGAAUGGGCAUUGUCAGAGCUGACGAGGAACCCAAGGGUGAUGCACAGGGCUCAAUCUGAGGUUCGAGAGGCCUUCAAAGGCCAAUACAAGCUAACCGAGGCGGACAUGGAGAAGCUCAACUACCUCGCUAUGGUGAUCAAGGAGACGCUGCGCCUCCACGUCCCAGUCCCAUUCCUGCUCCCGCGGGAGUGCCGGGAGGAGCCCUGCCGCGUCAUGGACUACGACAUCCCCAAAGGAACCAAGGUGCUCGUGAACGCAUGGGCGAUCGCCAGGGACGGCCGGUACUGGCAGGAUCCGGAGGAGUUCAUGCCGGAGCGGUUCGAGGGGUCUGAUGUGGAUUUUAGAGGCGCCGACUUCGAGUUCACCCCCUUCGGCGCCGGCCGGCGGAUGUGCCCCGGCAUGGCACUCGGGCUCGUGAACAUGGAGCUGGCGCUCGCGGGGCUCCUCUACCACUUCGACUGGGAGCUUCCGGGGGGAGGAGGAGGAGAGGAGCUUGAUGGCGACAUGUGUGAGGCGUUUGGGAUCACGGUGAAGAGGAAGGACAAGCUCGUGCUGCGCGCCACGCCACGGAUUCCGUGCGCGUACUAGCUGACAUUGCUCGUGAUCUGCCCGGCUAGCUCUGACGGCACAGUGCAGGGUGUAGCAGAGUAAAUUAACCGCUGUAACAAUAAAGUAAUAAAGUAACGUACUCCGUGCGCGUAUUAGCUGA